CAGUACGGCAAAGACGACAGCAUCUACCCAACCGACCCCAAGAAGCGCGCACUCGUCGACCGCUUCCUCUACUACGACAUGGGCCUUCACGAGACCUUCCGAGCCUGGGCGCACCCGGUGAUGAAGGAAAAUGCCCUGCCUGACCCUGAGAAGAAGGAGAAGUUGCACGAGGCCAUCGACAAGCUGGAGCAGCACUUCAAGAGGAACUCGACCAAGUUCGUCGUCGGGGACUCUGUUUCGGUGGCCGACCACACCCUAGCUUGUGCCAUCACCACGUAUCGGGAGCUCGGCGUAGAUCUCACCCGCCACCCUGAAGUGGAGGCUUGGCUGCAGCGCUGCGCCGAUACCAUGCCUGGCUACGAAGAGAUCUGUCUCGAGGGCGCCAGGCAGAUGGCCGCUAAAUUCAAGCCCAUGCUGUCCAGGACCAAGUGAUACAUUAACAAGACCUGAUCGUGUUUCAUAGACUUAUAUCUGAUUCUUUACAAAUUCACUUCAAAUAAUGAAAUGCGAAGUAGCAUAAUGAUCAUUCACA